CACCAUAGAAACACUCUUACUAGAAUCCCUCCCUAGUAACAUACCCUCCUGUUUCCAACCGGCCUUUUACUUUCCGUUUCUUCUCCUCAUGUUUUCUGUUUCCUCUUACAUUAUUACUUAACUAAUCAAAACUACCACCAUCAUCAUGCCACCCUGCAAACAAAUUCCUAACCGCUUGCCCCCGCAAACAAAACCCUCUCCGUCCUUCUUCUUCGUUUUGCGCUUUGUCAAGAAUUUCGAGUGCCGGAAUGGAACAGUUCCGGCAUAUCGGAGAGGUAGUUGGGAGUCUGAAAGCGCUUAUGGUUCUGCGCGAUGAAAUCCAAAUCAACCAACGGCAAUGCUGUUUGAUCCUGGACAUAUUCAGUUUGGCGAUGGACACGAUCGCAGAGGAGAUGCGGCAGAACCUGAAGCUGGAAGAGAGGAACAGCAAAUGGAAGGCUCUGGAAUCUCCUCUGACAGAGUUGUGCAGGGUUUUCAAGGAGGGAGAGCAUUACAUAAAGCAGUGUUUGGAUUCCAAACAUUGGUUGGGGAAAGCCAUUACCCUCUCUCACCACCGAGACUGCGUGGAAUUCCACAUCCACAACCUUCUCUGCUAUUUCCCGGCGGUGAUCGAGGCGAUCGAGAUUGCAGGGGAGAUUACGGGUUUAGAUCCGGAGGAGAAGGCAAAGAAGAAGGUGAUACUGGGUCGGAAGUAUGACGUGGAAUGGAAGGACCCGGAGCUGUUCCAAUGGAGGUUCGGGAAGCAGUACCUGGUCCCGCGCGGGAUUUGCAAGAAGUUGGAGAACGCCUGGAGAGAGGACAGGUGGAGGCUCAUCGAGGCCAUCAAGGACAAGACUGCGAAGGAAGGUGGUUCAGCUGUGUUUAGGGAGAGCGAGCAUGGCCUCGCUGAUAUGCUCCUCAAAAAGCUUCUCAAUGGGUCGGAGAUCGGCCCAAUUGCGGUGCUUGUUGGGUCCAAAGGUUUCCAGGAGAGACGGAGGUUGGGCCACCGGAAGGACUUCAAGGAAAUCCAAUGGUUGGGGCAAAGUUUCGCGAUGAGGAACUUUCAAGGGGAGAGAGAAGCACACCAGACUGAGGUCUCCUCUAUUCUCUCGCUUUCACACCCCAACAUAUUGCAAUACCUUUGCGGGUUUUACGACGAGGAGAAGAAAGAGUUCUCUUUUGUGAUGGAGUUAAUGCAAAAGGAUCUGUGGACUUACAUGAAAGAGAUUUGUGGUCCUAGGAGGCAGAUUCUAUUCUCUAUCCCUGUUGUGGUGGAUCUCAUGCUUCAGAUGGCCAGAGGAAUGGAGUACCUGCAUUCCCAAAACAUUUUCCAUGGACAACUUAACCCUUGUAAUAUUUACCUCAAAAAAAUGAACUCCCAAGAGGAUUAUUUUCAGGCAAAGGUUGCAGGCUUUGCCUUGUCUUCUGUCAACAAUGCUAGUCCUGACGAUACUGCCAUCCAAGACUUUAACCCUUUAACCUGGUAUGCUCCUGAAGUUCUGUCCCGUUUGGAACAAAAUAAUGGUGGUGCUUCUUCUAAGGAAGCCGAUGCCUACAGCUUUGGGAUGAUAUGCUUCCAGUUGUUGACAGGAAAAGUGCCUUAUGAAGAUAACCACCUUCAAGGAGACAGAAUUAGACAAAACAUAAAGGUCGGUGAGAGACCUUUGUUUCCUCACCGUUCCCCGAAAUACCUUGUGAAUUUGAUCAGGAAGUGCUGGCAAGCUGACCCUGGUCAGCGUCCCAGCUUCUCCUCCAUCUGUAGGAUUUUGCGGUACACCAAAAAAUUCCUUGCCAUGAACUCAGAGGCCCAACUCAUCAACCCUGAGCUCAACUUUCUUGAGGUUCCGCCUGUGGAUUGCUUUGAGAUAGAGACAACGUUCCUAAAGAGCUCUUCAACCGAGAGGUCAUCUUGUGUGUCCGCUGUGUCCCAGAUACCCUAUGAAAUGUUUGCUUAUAAGGUUGUGGAGAAAGAGAAAAUGAAUCCUAACAACAGUACUACCAAAGAUGAAUGCUGCGAGCACCACCAAAAGGAUGUGUGUAGGAGUGAAAGUGAUGACCCAAGUACAGAGUGCGAUGAUGAUAACGCCUCCAUAGUGAAAGAUCCGCUCCCUCAAACAACCCAUCCUACAUCAGUUUGCAGUGACGCACAGUUUGUUUCCUCAGAAUUCCCUUACAAGAAAACGGUUAGAAUAAAGAACCAAACACACGUGAAGGCAAAGAAUGAACAAGAAAAACAAAUAUUGCGGAAGACAAAAUCAUUUCGACCUUCUUUAUCGAAUCGAGUUUCAAGGACGAGAAAGGUGAAUACACCAUCAUUGCCACCAAGCAAUUUGAGUCCAAGUAAAAGACUAUCUUUCCUGGGGUCUCAAUCGGAUCGCAACUCCAAAGGGAAUCGAUCAGCGUCACCACCAGCAUUACCAUCAGCAUCACCAUCACUACCCAUUCCUUCAAGGAAAAAACACGAUGGCCAUUUGUCGGAAACUAAGACCAGUGUAAGGUUGAAAAAAAUGGAUCAGUCGACAUUACCUAGAUAUGGCAGCAUGACAGAUAGUUUAAGGAUGAAGAAGUCACAAAUGACGUUGAACCAAUCUUUGAGCGCGGGAAGAAUGAGACGUGCCAACACUGAGAUCGAUUUGAAGGGGCUCACGCGAACCAAUCUACUGAGCACUCCAAGAACAUCCACAAGGAGCAGAAAAGGUGGUAAUGUCUCAGUUUCGGACAACGGUUCAAGGAUGUCAACAGGUGGGUUUUCGCCGUGGGCAUUGAGUCCCAAAGCCCCCAUUUAAGGACAAAUAAAGCAACCUGUCAUAUCUCUGAGUCCGAAAGCAGUUUUGUGAAGAAAAGAGGAAGCAUGUCACCGUUCGCAACUUGUGGCCAUGUCUCGGAUUAAGGCCCUUUUGACUUUCACGAUUUGAGGUGAAAGAUUCUCAUGUUUUGAGAUUAUUUGAUUAGUCAUCACCUUACCUUUCUUAGCUGGCACAGUUCUGGUCUUUUUACUGUUUCUGCGUCAUGCAAAUCUUCCCCACGUUUAUAUAUGCUCCUCCUUAACACAGGCAUAUAUGGAAACUCAAAAUGUAGCUUUUUGGGGGAAGGUUAGAAGUAUAGUUUCAUGCAUAGUUGUAUUAUUGGCAAUCUUUUGGAGGUUUCUUGUGUUUUAGCAUCUCAACUUUCAGUGGAGGGGAGAUAUAUGUAUGUAUGAAUUAUUGGAGGUUGCCUCUCCAA